CGUCUAGAAUCCGCGCUCAUCUCAGCAUAUCGAGCCCAUGACGAUGGAGUCGUCACUGUAAGCAACUACGAGCCGCAGCAUAGUUUCGCAAUGCCAUGCACAUAUAACAGCAAGUCCAUCUUGACCUUUUGAUCUUCAAUCUGCUCCGGACCCCAAAGUCUUCUGUCUCUUCUGCAUCAUUAUCUCCACAGCUCUUUCCCCACUAUCAAAAUGGCCGAAGCACAACGUAUCUCUUCCUGCAAAAACGUGGCCGCGCAGAUUUACACCAUGCUGGCCUCCUACCCAGACCGGUGGCAGACCUACCUGCCCUCAGCACGCAGCGUCAUACCAGCCCUCGCCGCCAGCCCUUCUCUUAGCAUCCCCGAGCGUCUCUACAUCAUUGCCGCGCUGCAAGCCCUUGCCUUUGCCGACGCCGACAACCCCUCUUCCACUGCUGCCACGGCCGACAUUGCAAACUGGUGCCAGAGCCAGUGGCUGCUGGUGCUGGAGCGGCAGGCCAACUGCUCAGCCGCGCUACGAGGCCUCGGGGAAUACUGGCUCUUCCGCGCUCAACCAGCCCUCGCCCGCAUCCAUGCUGCAGAGGAAUCGGCACCCGCAAACGCAGCGGUGUCGGACGCGCGGCUCGGGGCGCCUGACGCCGUCGAGGCGCGGGGCCUGCUAACGCCUUCGUCGGACUAUCUGGCGCGAGCUGUGCAGGCGGCGCAUACGGCACGCGAGGGUGUCAAGGGGGAGUUGUUGGAAAAGGCAGCCGAGGCGUACAUGAGUUUAGGGAAUGUCUCGGGCAAACGUGCGGGCGAGCCUUGCUUCCGCCGAGCGCUGCAGUACCUAAAGAUGGCGGUUGAUAUGGGGCACGAGUUGCCGGAGCAUCUCGAAGACUAUCUGGACGAGUAUGGGCCAUUGGUGGACUAGGUCUGACGGCGAUGGGGGAAGAAGAAGAGGCCGGAAGUUAGCUAGGUAGAGGUGUAACUGUACGGAGUAGGUAGACAAGUACCCACGACC